AUGGAGGAAAGGGAGGAGGGAGAGGUGCGGCGAGAAAGCUUUAACGCACCCGAGGCGACUACAAUGUCGAAACACGGAUCGUUGAAGGAUGCAAUGAGGCAAGUACUGGAGACGAAAGGCGUCAUUGACCACGUAAAGGCCGAGUUACGUGCAGCCAUUUUCCAUUCACUGCAGGAGUCUAAUUCACAGGGGGACGACAUCGAGUCCGCGCGGCCACCUAUACCACCGGAGAACUUGCUUCUGAAUGAACUAAUUAAGGAUUACAUGGCUUUUAACGGGAUGGAGCACUCGCUGUCGGUUUUCAAGGCCGAGUCGGGUGCAGGAAAGGAGGCGACCUCUGCAAUCAUGCCGCGCGCAAUAUUGGCUUCGCAGUUGGGACUGACAGGGGCACCCGCGUCUGUGCCUUUGCUCUACGCGAUGUUGCAUGAGCUUCGUAUCUGCAGCGAAAAUUCGUAA